ACUUCCAGAGCUGAGAGGGGGAGAAGAAGAAACUAAACGCAAAGCAAUAUGGCAGAGAAAAUAUAUCCUUCAUCCAAGCCCGCAGUCAACGGCGGCGGCGCCACCAGCCCCGCCGCAAACAGCGGAACAAACCCGCCGAAAAAACCUCAGCUCUAUCACGCCACGCGCCCCGUAUACCGCCCAACUUCCAGCCGCCGCAAGCGCAGCUGCCUCUGCUCGUGCUGUCUCUGGACAACAUUCCUCAUCAUCAUCCUCGUCUUCCUCGCCGCCGUCGCCGCCGUUAUAUUCUGGGCCGUCUACCGCCCCCACCGCCCAUCUUUCACCGUAAACUCCCUCAGCUUCUCCCAAUUCAACAUUUCCUCCACCAAACUCACGUCCAACUUCACCUCCACCAUCUCAGCUCGCAACCCGAACAAAAAGCUCACAUUUUUGUACGACCCCAUCACGGUUUCUUUAUUUUCCGACGAUGUCGCCGUCGGAACCGGAUCUUUGCCGGGAUUCAGACACGGCACUAAGAACACUACGACGCUGAAGGCAAUGGUGACGACGUCACGGAAGACUCUCGACGGCGGCGAGAUUUCAAGCCUAAAGUCAACGCUCAAGAGCAAGAACACCUUGCCGGUGAAGAUAAGGUUGGAGACUAAAGUGAAAGUGAAAGUUGGGAGCCUGAAAACCAAGAAAGUUGGGAUUAGAGUAACCUGUGACGGCAUUAAAGUCACUGUUCCUGCCGGAAAGUCGCCGGCGAAAACGACCACCUCGAACGUGAAAUGCAAGGUUGACACUAGAAUCAAGAUCUGGAAGUGGACUUUUUAAGAAACAUGAGCAUCUUGUCUUUCAAUUCAAUGGGAAAUCCUUUUUUUUUUUUUUUUUUAAGUUGCUCAUUUACUUAAUUUACAUCAUGGUCGCCUUU